AUGGCGUCCCCUCUUCUCCUCCUGUGCACCAGCUUGCUCCUCGUGCUCGGCCAUGGCGGGUCGAACUGGAAGGCGGCGGCCCGCACGGUGCCGGUGGAGUACCUGUACCCUCCCUACGACCUCACCUACUUCGAAGCCACCGACACCAACGGCGUCUUCCUCCGCUCCCCCAACGCCACUUUCUCCGCUGCCGUCUACAGCGCCGACGACACCGACUCCUCCGACGCCCACCAGUCCCGCUUCGUCUUCUCCGUCCUCCACGACGCCUCCCGCAUCCCCGUCUGGACCGCCCCCUCCGUCUCCACCACCGUCCUCUCCCUCACCGCCUCUGGCCUCGCCAUCUCCGACCCGGCUGACCAAUCAGGCCCGCCGUCCUGGUCAACUCCCGCCGACCUCGCCGCUCCCGUCGCCGCGCUCCGCCUCCUCGACACCGGUCAGCUUGCCCUCCUCGACGCCGCCAACGCCACGCUCUGGUCCUCCUUCGACGCCCCAACCGACACCCUGCUCCAGGGCCAGACGCUCCCCGUCGGCGUGCCCCUCACGGCCACCGUCUCCGACAGCAACCUCUCCCCCGGAGCCUACCGCCUCAUCCUCACCACCAACGACGCGCUCCUCCAGUGGCAAACCUCCGAGUCCGGUGGUGGUUUCGUCACGUACUGGGCGCUCUCCUCCGACGCCGCCUCCGUCAAGCAAUCCAACAAGGCCGUCCACUCCAUGAAGGUCAACGCCUCCGGUAUCUACCUCCUCGCCGACAACGCCAUCGACACCGUCUUCACGCUCCUCUUCACCGGCCCCUCCACCUCUAACAAGUUCCUCAAGGUGGAUUCCUCUGGCCGCCUGCGCGCGCUGAGCAUGGCCUACUCACCCACGGCGGGGCGGGCCACGCUCCCCGCCGUCUGGAAUGCUCCGGCGAGCGACUGCGACCUCCCACUGCAGUGCGGCUCCCUCGGCCUCUGCACGCUCGGAAACAACACUUCCUCCUGCACGUGCCCCGACGACUUCAGCACGCGCAACAGGGGCGGAUGCUCGCCCGCCGAUGGCUCCACGCUCCCCGUCCCAGCACAGACCUGCAACGCGUCGUCGUCUUCGGCAGCAACAGAAGCGGCUUACUCCUACAUGAGUUUGGGUCACGGGAUCGGCUACUCCGGCAGCAAUUUCGCGGUUGCCGCGACGGCCGGCGACGCGCUCCCGGCGUGCCGCGACCUGUGCUCCGCCAACUGCUCCUGCCUCGGCUUCCUCUACAAGAACUCCUCCAAAUCGUGCUACCUCCUGCACGAUCAGAUCGGCUCCGUCUUCCGCGCCAACACAAACAGCAGCGAGCUGGCCGGCUUCGUCAAGACGCUCCCGCUGCCGUCGCGCCGCCACGGCAGUGGCUCGUCCACGCUGAGCCCCAUAACGAUCGCGUUCGGCAUCGUGCUGCCCACCAUGGCGGCGGUGGUAAUCACCUUCCUGCUCUACGUGCUGGCCGCGCGGUGGCUCAAGAACCGCCCUGACGGCGGUGGCAAAAAGAAUAAGAGGAAGACGAAGCACAGCGGACACGGCCGCAGCUGGUUCAUGAUUCAGAUGAUGUCGUUGUCGUCGUCUAGGGCGUCGUCCAACGUCCCGUCGGAGAAUGGGGAUGACAACGAGGACCAUCAUGACGAUGACGACGACGCGGUGCUCAUCCCCGGGCUGCCUGCCCGCUUCACGUUCGCCGACUUGGAAACGGCGACCAGCGGGUUCAGGUCGCAGAUCGGCUCCGGCGGGUUCGGGUCCGUGUACCGCGGCGAGCUCCCCGACCGGACAACGGUGGCCGUGAAGCGGAUGAACAACCUGGGCACGCAGGGGCGCCGCGAGUUCCUGACGGAGAUCGCCGUGAUCGGCAACGUCCACCACGUCAACCUGGUGAAGCUGCGGGGCUUCUGCGCCGACCAGUCCCGGCAGCUGAUGCUCGUGUACGAGUACAUGUCCCGCGGCUCCCUGGACCAGUCCCUCUUCCUUUCCCGCUUCGGCGGUGGCGACACCGGCGCGUCUGCCAGCAAGAAGAGGACGCUGUUGGAAUGGCCGGAGCGGGUGGGGGUGUGCGUGGGCGCGGCUCGUGGGCUGGCGUACCUGCACGCCGGCUGCGAUCGGAAGAUCCUGCACUGCGACGUGAAGCCGGAGAACAUACUGCUGGAUGACCGCGGCGGCGUGAAGAUCGCCGACUUCGGGCUGGCGAAGCUGCUGAGCCCGGAGCAGUCGGGGCUGUUCACGACGAUGCGGGGCACCAGGGGCUACCUGGCGCCGGAGUGGCUCACCGACGCGCCCGUCUCUGACAAGGCCGACGUCUACAGCUUCGGCAUGGUGCUGCUCGAGAUCCUGCGCGGUACCAAGAACUCCAAGCUGGUGCACCAAGACGAGGAGGACACUGCCACCGGCAGCGUCGCCUCGGUGUCUGGCAGCACCUCGUCGGACGGCCGCGGCGGCGGCAGCUACUUCCCGGCGGUGGCGCUGGAGGUGCACGAGGAAGGGGGUCGGCGGUACGGGGAGCUGGUGGACCCGAGGCUGGAGGGCAGAGCGAACGCGGCGGAGGUGGCGAGGGUGGUGCGGGUGGCGCUCUGCUGCCUCCACGAGGACGCGUCGCUGCGUCCGCCAAUGACGGCCGUGGCCGCCAUGCUCGACGGCAGCAUGGAGGUGCGCGAGCCCAGACCAGAGCAGCUGGCCUACCUCAGGAUGUACGGCCGAGGCAUCGGCGGCGGCAAGUGGAAGGCCUCCCACCUCACGACCGGCGACGGCGCCAGCAUCAGCUUGUCGCAGCAAUCAUGCGUGUCGGCGCAGCAGCUCUCGGCUGCCAGAUAGAUGACAGUCGACAGACGCUGCUCAGCCUGCCAGUGCAAUGGGGAAUGCAAAUUUUGGGUGUAAAUCAAAAAGGGCGUCUUCUUUUUGUCGAAAAUGUUGUGAAUAUAGCAUACAGAUACAAAUCUCCGUUCCAUCUCCUGUGCAUGUGUUUUUCAUCUUCUUUUGCCGGAAAAUUGUACAGCACA